UGCCAUGCGCCCCGCGGCCUUCGCGCUGCCCGUGGUCGUGGCCGCCGUGCUGUGGGGCGCAGCGCCCAGCCGGGGGCUGAUCCGAGCGACCGUGGACCACAACGCCAGCAUGGACUUCGCGGACCUCCCGGCGCUCUUCGGGGCCGCCUUGAGCCAGGAGGGACUUCAGGGGUUCCUUGUGGAGGCUCACCCAGCCAAUGCCUGCAGCUCCAUUGCCCCACCACCCCCAGUAAAUGGGUCAGUCUUUAUUGCACUGCUUCGAAGAUACGACUGCAGCUUUGACCUCAAGGUCCUCAAUGCCCAGAAGGCUGGGUAUGGUGCAGCUGUGGUACACAAUGUAAAUUCCAACGAACUUCUGAACAUGGUGUGGAAUAGUGAGGAAAUUCAGCAGCAGAUCUGGAUCCCAUCUGUGUUUAUUGGGGAGACGAGCUCUGAGUACCUGCGUGCCCUCUUCGUCUAUGAUAAGGGGGCUCAGGUGCUUCUGGUCCCAGACAGUAGCUUCCCCUUAGGCUAUUACCUCAUCCCUUUCACAGGGAUUGUAGGACUUCUGGUUUUGGCUAUGGGAGCUGUAAUGAUGGUCCGUUGUAUUCAGCACCGAAAACGGCUUCAGAGGAAUCGACUGACCAAAGAGCAACUGAAACAGAUUCCUACCCAUGACUAUCAGAAGGGAGAUCAGUAUGAUGUCUGCGUCAUCUGUCUGGAUGAAUACGAGGACGGGGACAAGCUAAGAGUGCUGCCCUGUGCUCAUGCCUACCACAGCCGCUGUGUAGACCCCUGGCUCACUCAGACACGGAAAACCUGCCCUAUCUGCAAACAGCUGGUUCAUAAGGGUCCCAAGGACAAGGAACAAGAUGAAACCCAGGGGCAAGAGGGUGAUGAGGAAGGGGACUACCCUACCUCAGAACGUACUCCACUUCUUGGUUCUAGCCCUACACCCCCCGCAUCUUUUGGCUCCUUAGCCCCAGCCCCUCUUGUUUUUCCUGGGUCGUCGGCAGAUCCACCACUUUCUUCCUCUUCAGUUACCAUCCUGGUCUGAUAAGUGUCUCCCCCACACCCCAUUUGGUGACCAAAUUUGCACAGCCUGUCCCUUCUUCAGUCUAUUAUAUUGAGCGAGGGAUAUCAAGGACUACUUUCACCCCAGGUUUCUUCCUUACCCCCAUCUUUUGUGAGGGGAUGUGAGGGUAUGUGUUCAUACAGAACGGAGCCUUCAUUUCCCAGACUAAUAAAAUUGUUUUUGUGAAUUAAA